AUGCAUAUUAAUUUAGACCAUCCCAUUUCGCUCUGGCCUAGAGCUGAGUUAUUUAUCUACGGUGUUUUUCAAAUCCAACCACUUCCCCGUCUGGCCAGCCAUAACAUAAAAAAGUUGGUUUAUUAUGCAAAGUCAAAGGGUCGUCUGGGUUACCCGAAUAUAAGCUACUCGGUUUGGAAACACGUUGCCUGCAACAAGCUACAGCUGCCGGAAAGUGUUGCCUGGCUGUACUUCCAGACAUGUCUCAUACUGUCAGCUUCAAAUUCGUCAAAUCUGCGAGAACUCGAGCUAACUCUGGCAAAAGCGAAGGAUGAUUCCGAAUUAGAGGAAUUUGUGGUGGGCAGCAAGGAGCAUCUCAUAUCAGUGGAUGCAGUCGAGGCUCUCUCCUUCGUACUCGAGGGAACUAUGGACCAGAUGAAUUCCAUUCGUCCAGUGAAGGACAUAAUCUUCGACCCAACCGUUCUGUCAAAGACGGGUUACAAUAGCUCCACACGUACAUUUGGUAUACGCAGUCUUCAGUCCUGGAUUCGGUCUUGCCUUAUCCAAAAUCCCUUUACUGCGGAAUCCUGUAUCCUGCGAGGCACACGACUGCAGUGGACCCUGCCGGGCGCUAGUGGAAGAGAGAAUUCCAGUGGUUCUGCGCCUCACACUCCAACAAGACGCCAGCGUAUUGCCACAAAUGCAGCUCAUAUUCCGCCCACAACGGGCCUCCGAGGGUGA